GGAAAUUCUAAUGCUCAAUUACUCUUUUGUAUGCAAGCUAACUACUUUUUUCUCUGUGUUAAUGUUCAAGAUAAUACUGUGCCAAGAUAAUUUUGAAAAUAUCCCAACUCCUGAUUACAUCAAAGUGGUUGAAGUUCCUGAUCAAAUUGAUGAACCUUAUCAACUUGACGAUAGCAUGAAGCUCAACCCCAAUGACUUCGAUGUUGUCAUGUUUGAGACACACACCAAGAGAGUCCUCCAGGCUUCCAACACCACCUCCACUGCUGCUGGUAACGGAACUGUCAAUAUCGAGCCUUUCAAAAUGUACACAGUGACUGUGACUUCAAGAGCUUCGAACAGCGCUCUCAGAAACAACGGAGAAGACAAGUUCUAUGUCCGGAUCCAGAAUGAGUGCACUUACUCCAACCAGACGACAUGUACGGAAGUGGGUGGGGCGGCCAACACAGUGCCGACUCCAUACGAAGGACUGAUGACAUACAACGGAGACUCCACUUACUCGUACAACUACACGCUCAGUGUGACCGGAAAGAUAUCCGUGACAGUAUUUCUCAGGAACACUGGCAGAGUCAUGGUUGAGUGGCACAGAAAUCAUGUUCUAUCAAGUUUUCACUCAAACGCAGAAUCUACCCAAAUUAAUUUUUAUUGGAGUAGUGGUGGAUAUCCUUGUUGAGGAAGACGUGAUUACAUCAGUGCUAAGUUUAGAUCAUAUCUCCGUCCAAAUAUAUCAGGGACUUACACUAUUUAUACCAACUCAGAUAGAGGAGCGAGACUUUAUGUUGAAGGAACAACAAAGAUAAAUUAUUGGAACAGUGGAACAAAUGGCCUCAGAGGUUUCUCAAUGGCUUUGACUAAAGAUACCAACUAUUAUAUUGAAGCCUGGUACCAAGAGUAUACAGGAUCAACAUAUUUUUAUUUAGAGUGGAUUGUUCCAGGUGCUUCUCGAAUUGUUGUGCCAACUGUAAAUUUUGUUUGGCCCGAAUUUGUUACAACUGCUCCCUUCACAAUUGAUAUUGCCUGUCCAUCUGGAUAUACCCACACUAAUACAGACCACCCAGACGAAUGCUACCCUGUGUGUGGUGACAGCAUGAGGGUCGGAGCUGAAGUCUGCGAUGAUGGAAACACUCGCUCAAAUGAUGGAUGUGCAGAAGAUUGCCUCUCGGUCGAGACCAACUGCACUUGAACAGGCGGUAGCGCCUCACAAGCCGACUACUGCUCUUGCCUGACCAGCUUCGUGAACGAAACAGUGGUUGAAGAAUAUUCCACUGCUUCCAAAGUGAUGGUCUUUGCAGUCUUCGGAGUAUUCACCUCGGUGUCAGUAGCCGCCAUCGUAGUUACCGUUAUUGUGGAGUUGAGACAGCCGAUCCAGUACUCACAGAUCCAGCAGAGAAGCAUUCGAGUCACACAGAAAGUCAAGGCGGACGCUCAGAAGAAGAUCGAAGCAGACAGAAGGAAGAGAAGUACCAGAUACGAAGCUUAAGGAGACAUUAUCCAAUGUUAUAAGUUUCAAGGAUAAUAUAAUAUC